CACAUGGUAACUCUUAUGUUUCACUUUGUGAAGAGCUCUCAAAGUGUUUUCUAAAGUGCUACACCAUUUCACAUUUGCCCAGCAAUAUAUGAGGGUUCCAAUUUCUCCACAUCCUCACCAACACUUGUUAUUAUGUGUCAUUUUCAUUAUAGUUAUCCUAGGGGAUAUGAAGGGGUAUCUCACUGUGGUUUUAAUUUGCAUUCCCCUACUGAUUAAUAAUGUUGAACAUCUUCUCGUGUGCUUAUUGGCCAGUUCCAAUGUAUUUUUAAAGGUUAUGUGAGCAAAUACAUCUGGGCAAUGAUAUACUAAAAUGUUAGUAGUGCUUCUCUCUAGAAGAUAUUAUUACUUUCUACUGUGUUUCUCUAUCAAUCAAGGUUCUACCAGAGGGAAAGAACCAGUAGGAUAGACAGAUAGAUAGACAGGUAGAUAGGUAAAUUGUAAGGAACUGGCUGAUACAGUCAUGAAGGCUGGCUAGGAAAAUCAAAAUCCAUAGGAUAGGGCAGGCAGUUGAAAAGAACAGGCUGGAGUUGAAGCUACAUUUCACAGGCAGAUUUCUUCUUCCUCAGGAAGACCUCAGUUCUACUCUUGAAGCCUUUCAAUUGACUGGAUGAGACCUACCCAGAUUAUCAAGGGCUGAUGUCGGUGUGCCUCGUAGUGGGGAAAACUGCAGCCCCCAGAUGGAAGCUGCUCUGACCAAGAAUACUGUGGACCCUGCAGAAGGCCUAGAACAAGUCCAGAUGGGAAGCUUACCUGGAACCAUUUCAGAAAAUUCUCCAUCUCCUAGUGAAAGAAACAGACGAGGAAAUUCAGAUCUAGUAACCAAUGGAUUAAUCAAUAAACCCCAACCCCUAGACAGUCGAGAGCGACAGAAGUCAUCAGAUAUCCUGGAGGAACUAAUUGUUCAAGGAAUUAUACAAAGCCACAGCAAAGUAUUUAGAAAUGGAGAAUCAUAUGAUGUCACGUUGACCACGACUGAGAAGCCAUUGAGAAAGCCACCUGCCAGACUGAAAAAACUCACGAUCAGAAAGCAAGUGAAGGAUUUCACAAUGAAGGACAUCAAGGAGAAGAUGGAGGCCGCCGAGGAGCGCAGGAAGACCAAAGAAGAAGAAAUAAGAAAAAAGUUACGGAGUGACCGACUUUUGCCUUCAGCCAAUCAUUCAGAUUCAGCUGAACUAGGUGGGGCUGAGGUUGCAUUUGCCAAAGGACUUCAAAGGGUGAGAUCUGCUGGAUUUGAACCAUCUGACCUGCAGGGAGGAAAACCAUUGAAGAGGAAAAAGAGUAAAAGUGAUGCAACCUUGAUUGAUAGAAACGAAAGUGAUGAAAGUUUUGGGGUCGUGGAGUCAGACAUGUCCUACAACCAAGAAGAUGACAUAGUCUACUAAGCCAUUUUUUGUGAAUUUCAUAAGAAAGCAUCCAUUCUCCCCAUUUGUGACAUUUGUAGUGUGUCUCAUAUUCUUUGACUGACUGACCUCAUUCCACUGGGAUUUCUGCCUUGGGCUUAAGGAUGAUUAUGUGGGUUGCAUAGGCUGAAGAUCAGUUGAGUAAAUUAAGUAGCUAUGCUAGCUUUAAAAAAAUGAGCGAGGGGGAGACUUGACCAGCAUAGAUAUUUGGCACUCUCCUUUGUGUGGCUUCAAACAUUAUGGAGAUGUCUUUAAUUUAUAAGUGCCUUCAGCUUACAUGAAUAAGUUCGUGCCAAAUGAAAUCCUUCCUGUUUACUCCUGCCUUGUGGCGGGGUCCAUCUUCUGCUGGUCCUUUAAGACAAAUUGCAUGGAUUUGUAUUAAGUAUUUUAGUGGUUUGUAUGUUUUUUAUGCUGUAUGUCUAUGGUUUUAUAAAUUUUUUUCUCCGUGUUGUGAAGGAAUAAAGCAACGUCUUGAAGU